AUGUGGGUUGGGGUUGGGUGCAGGGGGUGCAGGGAACGGGAGCUACCUGGAGUACUCGUGCCAGAUGUCUCAGGCAAUGUAUGGACCAAGUGUAACUUGGUCAGCGUCCAUAAAACGUUCAGCACGCGGUCCCUGGACACUGAAAACGUCGACACCUUGGUUGUGAACUUCAACACGAGCACAUACCAAAAUCUACUGCAUCCCCAUCAGGUUGAGGUCGUGAUUGCCGAGGAGGCGUUCGACUUCCCUGCGAACCAAGACUGGCACCAUCCGGAACAACUGCCGUGGGUGAAGCUCAAGCCACAGGAGCUCGGCACGGGGGAGCACACCGACGUGCCGCAAACACACGCCGCAUACACCCUCAUUGGGUGGCAUCGGAUCGAGGCGAGCAAGAAGAUGCUCGAGUCAUAUGUGGAGGUCAUGGCAAAAACCGAUGCGGAGCUCAGCACGACAGGAGAGAACAAUCCAAGGUGGAAGGGGUUGCGCACAAAACACAAAAAGCUGUACGCCUGCCUUUGCAGGCAUGGAUGCUGGCUAUGCAUCAUCUAUAAGUAUGGGUCGCCGGGCGACAGGAAAGCAGUGGAGUGGCAUGCGCAGAACAAGUCAUAUCCGAGCAAGGGGAAGACGCCGGAGGAGCAGAUGCACCAGAACAUGCGCAAAUUGUACAAAUGGCGCUCCACCGGGUCGGCCAAGGACAUGCUUCAGGCUCACAUCUGGCACAUCCAGCUAAGCACCAUUAUCCAUAACAUCCAGCCACCAGGCUCAUCCGGCAGCAUGAUGCAGAUGGCCCUGAUGCACAUAUACCGCACCCCCACGAUCUGGCAUUUCCUCUGCUCUCUCACGCCCAUCCUCAAUGUGUCGCUGCCUCUGUACAACAAUGGAUCUGAUCCAACAAAAAUGCGGGGCCCUGUUGCAUUGCGUCUAUUUGAUCGAUCGGGCACUGAACAAAUGAUCGCGCGGCUCUCUGCCCUGUCACUGCUCGUCUCCUGCCACCACAUUGCUGGCUGCACUCCCUCUAGCUCUUUUUGCUGCUCCUGCGCCUUGUACGCAAAUUUACCAUGGUACGCGACAAGAGGGCACACCAAAGGGGAAGGAAGGGGUGGCAUCCCAAGGGUCCCAACAUUCAAGCUGGCAAGCAUGAUUGCAAGCAACCACCCAGGCCACGAUAGAUACAAGGAGAAUGAAAAGCAGGCCGCUCCGGGACCAAGCAGGCCUCAUUGUGCAGCCGCAGGGAAGACAGUCGUGAAGGAGACAGAAAUGGAUGAAGAGAGCGACACUGGAGAUGAGGAGAGCAACACUGGGGAUGAGGAGAGCAACACCGGGGAUGAGGAGAGCGACAGCCAGGUACGCCCCAAAUAG